AUGUCUCAAGCAAUUGUUUCCAAUAGAAAGAGACUUUCUGAAGGUUUAGCAGUUACUCAAAAGGUAUUUGUUCGUUCAAGGAAUGGUGGUGCUACUAAAAUUGUAAGAGAACAUUAUUUACGUAGUGAUAUUCCAUGUUCAUCAAAGGCAUGUACAAAAUGUUUAGAUAUCGUUGUUCCCAAUGCUAAAAAUGAAUUACCAAACUUCGUUUUAUCAGAGGAUCCUCAAUCAAUUGAGAAAAUCGGCAAGCAUUAUGUUGUUUUAGAUACGAAUAUUGUUUUACAAGCUAUAGAUCUGUUAGAAAAUCCAAACUGUUUUUUCGAUGUGAUCAUUCCACAAAUCGUAUUAGAUGAAGUUAGAAAUAAAUCUUACCCUGUUUAUACAAGAUUAAGAACACUAUGUAGAGAUAGUGAUGAAAAGAAAAGAUUUAUUAUUUUUCACAACGAAUUUAAUGAAAAUACUUUUGUGGAAAGAUUAAAUAAUGAAUCUAUCAAUGAUAGAAAUGAUAGAGCUAUUAGAAAGACUUGUGAAUGGUAUUGCAAACAUUUGAAAAAACAAAAUAUUAAUACUAUCUUAGUUUCCAACGAUAGAUUAAAUAGAGAUGCAACCAAAAAUCCAGUAGACUCUAAUAUUAUAGCACUAAGUUUACUAGAAUAUGUGGAUUUAUUACCCAAUGUAGAUGAGAUUAAGGACUCCAUUCCAAAUCUUGAAGUCAGUUCCAUUAAUGUUAAUGAUAAAGAAGCUAAAUCAGAAUUCACUUUCCCUGAAUAUUACUCAACUUCAAGGAUUAUGGGUGGGAUUAAAAAUGGUGUACUAUAUCAAGGUAAUAUCCAAAUAUCAGAAUAUAAUUUCUUAGAAGGUUCUGUUAAUUUAUCUACUUUUUCAAAGCCAGUUUUAGUGGUUGGCCAAAAAAAUUUAAAUAGAGCGUUUAAUGGUGACCAAGUUGUGGUAGAAUUAUUACCACAAUCAGAAUGGAAAGCUCCUUCAUCUAUUGUUAUGGAUGCUGAACAUUUCAAUGUUAAUGAUAAUCCAGAUGAUGAUGAUGACGAAAGUAAUGAAAAUAAUGGAAAUUUAAUUAUGUCUGAUAAACAACGUAGAUUAUUAGCCAAGGAUGCCAUUCUAGCCCAAAAAUCAAAUAAAAUACAACCUACAGCUAGAAUUGUAGCUAUUCCAAGAAGAUCCUGGAGACAAUACGUGGGCCAAAUUGCUCCAAAUUCUAUUGACACCCAAGUUUCAAGCGGUAGUCAAAAUGUUUUCGUCCUUUUGAUGGACAAAUCUUUACCUAAGAUUAGAAUCCGUACAAGACGUGCAAAGGAAUUAGUAGGUAGAAGAAUUGUCAUAUCUGUAGAUUCAUGGCCUGCAAAUCAUAAAUAUCCUUUAGGUCAUUUUGUUAGAGAUUUAGGUGAAGUUGAAUCUGUCCAAGCUGAAACAGAAAGUUUAUUAUUAGAACAUGACGUUGAAUAUAGACCUUUCUCCAAGAAAGUCUUGGACUGUUUACCUUCUGAAGGUCAUGAAUGGAAAGUACCAUCUGAUCUUACCUCUUCUGAUGCCUUAGCUAAAGAUCCACAAUUAGCAAGAAGAAAAGAUUUAAGAGAUAAGUUAAUCUGUAGUAUUGAUCCACCAGGAUGUGUUGAUAUUGAUGACGCAUUACAUGCUAAGAAGUUGCCAAAUGGUAAUUGGGAAGUUGGUGUUCAUAUUGCUGAUGUCACUCAUUUUGUAAAACCUAAUACUCCUUUAGAUGCAGAAGGUGCGUCAAGAGGUACCUCUGUUUAUUUAGUCGAUAAACGUAUUGAUAUGUUACCAUUGUUAUUAGGUACUGAUUUAUGUUCUUUAAAGCCAUACGUUGAUAGAUAUGCCUUUUCAGUAUUAUGGGAAUUAGAUGAUAAUGCUAAUAUUGUAGAUGUCAACUUUACAAAAUCAGUUAUCAGAUCUAGGGAAGCAUUUUCGUACGAACAAGCUCAAAUUAGAAUUGAUGAUAAGUCUCAAACAGAUGAAUUAACUCAAGGCAUGAGAGCUCUUUUAAAAUUAUCUAUCAAAUUAAAGCAAAAGAGAUUAGAUGCUGGUGCUUUGAAUUUGGCCUCUCCUGAAGUUAAAGUUCACAUGGAUAGUGAAACCUCAGAUCCAAAUGAAGUUGAAAUUAAAAAAUUAUUGGCUACUAAUUCGUUGGUUGAAGAGUUUAUGUUGCUAGCUAAUAUUUCUGUUGCGAGAAAAAUCUUUGAAUCUUUCCCACAAACAGCAAUGCUUAGAAGACAUGGUGUACCACCAUCUACCAAUUUUGAAACAUUAAAUGAAAUGCUACACCAAAGAAAACAAAUGACUAUCUCGUUAGAGUCAUCUAAGGCAUUAGCAGAUUCUUUAGAUCGUUGUGUUGAUCCAAAGGAUCCAUAUUUCAAUACUUUAAUACGUAUUAUGUCUACUCGUUGUAUGAUGGCAGCUCAAUAUUUCUAUUCUGGUGCUUACUCAUAUUCUGAAUUCCGUCAUUACGGUUUAGCUGUUGAUAUCUAUACUCAUUUCACAUCGCCUAUUAGACGUUACUGUGAUGUUGUUGCCCACAGACAAUUGGCAGGUGCUAUUGGCUAUGAACCGUUAGACCUAUCCCAUAGAGAUAAGAAUAAGAUGGACAUGAUCUGUAGAAAUAUUAAUAAAAGACACAGAAAUGCCCAAUUUGCUGGUAGAGCAAGUAUUGAAUAUUAUGUUGGCCAAGUAAUGAGAAAUAAUGAAUCUGUUGAAACUGGUUAUGUAAUUAAAGUUUUAAAUAAUGGUAUUGUUGUUCUGGUACCAAGAUUCGGUGUUGAAGGUCUAAUUAGAAUAGAAAACAUGACUAAGGAUCCAGACUCUUCCGCUUUCGAUGAAGUUGAAUUUAAAUUAACUUUUACUGAUAACGAGACUGGUAAGAAGAGAGAGGUAUUUGUAUUUGAUAAAGUUGAUGUAUAUGUCAAAUCCGUUCUAGAUCCUGUUACAAGUAAACGUAAAGCUGCAUUAUUAUUGAAAUGA